AUUUAACAGUCAUAUGAAAAAUAAAGAUUAAGUGCUUAAAUAAGUAUAUGAAAGUAUUAUAUCAUUAUAUUAAGAUGAUAAUAAAACUUUUGGUAAAAAAAAUAAACCAAGAAAUGAAGAACCAAAUAUGUUUGAUAUAAUGAAAUGGCCUAGAGAAUAAGAUGAACCUUGGGAUUUUAAAAAGAAAAUUUUAGUUGAAAGAGAGCCAGAAACUAAGAAGGUUACUGCUAGAAUUAAUCAUGAAAAUUAACAUUGGCAAACUGAAAAUAAAGAUAAUUUUAGAAAAAUUGAAAAAUUAAAGGUUGAUGAUUCUUAAAUUUAUGUAUAAAGUAAAUAUUCAUUAAUAACUUAAUUAAUAGAAUUAGAUGAAAAAACUAUUAAGAAUAUUGCUAAAUCAUGUGAAUGUUAAAAUAAUAAGCCAUAGUAAUCCAAUUAGCCUUAGUAAUAUUCUGAAUAAGAUGAUUGUAAUAAUUAAUACAAAUUACCAUUGUAAUGGAAUCCAAAAUAAUAAUCUGCAUAUAGAGAUAACUAUUAAGUAAAAGAUAUAAAAGAUUAAAAUGAAUUAAUGUAUUAAUUGGAAUAAAACAACAAAAACUUUAAAGGAUAAUACAAAGUAUCACAUCCUUAGAGUGGAUUUUAUUAUGAAGAAUCUAAAAAAGAAGAGGAUGAUGUAGUAAGUUCAGAAGAAGAGGAAGAAGAAGUAAAUGAUUAAGAGAAUGAUGGUUAAGUUAAAAAGAUGACAACAAAAUUUAUGAAGAAAGCAAAGAGUUUAGAUCCAAAUAAUCCAGAAGAUGCUGAAAAAUUGAAAAGAAGAAAGGAAAGAAUAAAGAAAUUUUAAGGAGAGACUCGUUGGAUAGCUGAUUCAGCUUUUACUACUUAUUUUGGUAAACCAGCAUGGGGUCCAUAUGGAUAUAAUAAUAUAAAACCAGCAGUAGGAGGAAUAAUAUAUGGAUAACAUUUAUUAUCACAUAAUGUUUAACCACAUAGAAAUAAGAAUGAUCCUUAUUAUAUAUAGACAUAUUAGAAUGCAUUAAGAAAAGGAGCAGCAGUAGCAAAUGUUGAACCAGAACCACCAAGAAAUUGUAGAGAAGAAGAUAGAUUAAAUCCAGAAUAAGUUUAAUCAUUAAAAUCUAGAAAUCCUUUGACUCCUUAACCUUAUUAAGAAUUAAAGAAAUAAUUAGAUUCUAAUGGUAAAUAAGUUAUUCCAGAUUUAAGUAUAAAGAAGCCAGAUUUAAGUAAUACACUUAGAUUUGCUUCAGAAGCAGGAAGUAUAUAAGGUGAACCUAAUAAUAUACAAUAAAAUUAGAAAAUUGAAUAGAAGACAAAGAGACCUUAAUCAGCAAUAGAUAAUAGAACAUAAAAAUCAAUAAAUGAAAAUAAAUCGAAAAUAAGUAAUGAUUAAAAAACAAAGGAUUCAAAAAAGAAGUAAGAUAAAAAAGUUUAAAUUUAAUCUGAAUCAAAAUUAAAGGUUGAUGAUCAAUUAGCUAUACCUGAUAAGGCAAAUAAUAAAUUUAUUGAAGAAUUAAAAUAGAAAAAGGAAAAGGCUAAUCGAUUAACUUGUAAAGUAAAUGAAAUAAAUCCUUCAUUGUUAAAACAAUCACCAAAAUAAGAAUAAAAGAAUUAAAUCACAGCUGAUUUAUAAGAAGUGAAAUAAUUUGAUGAUAAGUACAAGUGAAAUUAAUUAAUUAAUAGAAAUCCACCUCCAAAUUAUUUGUAAUAGUUGGAUCCAAUUGAAUUGAAUCCUAAAAACUACAAAGGAGUUCCCUCUGAUUGGUUACACAGAAUCCCAUUUGCAGGUAAAAAAUAAGAAAUCAUAAGAAAUGGAUAAUAAACAAAAGAAUGCUUUGAUUAUGGUUAUUGACUAUAUAAUUACAUCUAUUCAAU